AUGUUGCUUCAGCAUGGUCAUGCAGGUGACGACUCGCGGGGGCCGGCCCGUCGACAGCGAGUGCAAUUCGAUAUUGGAGCUGAUCAGGGCCGUCGUGAACUCGGUGUCGGCGGCUGUGCCGGCACCAGCACACCAGAUCUGAGGUGCUAUGUAGUGCAGUUUCUCGCAGUUCUACGGAUGGAAAGUCGCACGGUCAAUAUCACGGCGAGUCACGCAGGUAUCGCGCAGGUGUCGAUACGGGUUCCAGCUCGUACCUUAUCUGCUACUAUCGGCCCGCUCGUCGCUCGAGUAUCUGCCGCGAUCUGA